AUGUGUAGAAAAAAAAUUCAAUUACUCUUCAAAAGAUUUUUUUUGUUGCUACUCUGCUGACAGUUAAGUUUUUGCUAUGCCGUGGUGAACAUUAUUGAAUUAAUUUGUAAACGACGGACGGACACGCCAGUUUAAAAAACCCUAUUAUGUUUUUAUAACAAGCAGAAGAAAAAAACUACACAAAUUAUUUGGAAUUUUGUAAAACAAAAAAAUCUAUAAAGAAGAAAACAAAAAUACUUGAAAAAAAAGAAAAUAGUGUAGUGUUUAUAUAAAAAUACAAAAAGAAAUUUUUAUUGCAAACCAAUUGAUGAUAAAGUUGUAAAAAAGAAACAAGAAAAAAAAAAGAAAGAAUUAAAAAUUCAUUUUUUAGAUACAAAUUAAAUCAAGUGUAUAUUUUUUGGUGCGCGGCCAUUUUUUUGUAUGCCCCUGCUUUUUAAAUUCGUUGUCGUUUUGUGUCGAAAAAAACCCGAAGAAGGAGGCGAAGUAAAAAAAUAAUAUAAAAAAAAAGAUUUUGCAAGUGACGAAGUUUUUUUUUUGUUUCUUCAUUAAAUAAAUAUAGUGCAAAAAAAGAGCGCAAAUUAAAAAAAUCAAAAAAAAAGGAAAGAAAAAAAUUUAGAAUGAUGAUAAUAAAUGAAACAUGUGUGUAAUUGAAAAUUGCUUAAUUAUAGAAAAAAUUGAAAUAUUUAAAGCCAACAACAAGAAAAUGCAAAAUUCAAAAUUGGUUCUUCAAGCAAGUUUAAAAAAAAGAGUGCAAGUUUAAAAGUGAACAAAACGAAUAAAAAAAGAAGAAUAAUCAAUAAAAAAUUUAAACACACACUCAAACAUACUGCUUAUAGUUCAAGUACCUGCCCCUUUGGAAAACAUUUAUACAACAUAAUUCGACUUCAUCAGGAUUGAGUUUUAGUUUUUGGACCCCCCUUUAACGAAAAUUGGAACACGUGUUAAAACCCCCCCCUAAAUAAACUCCUGUGUAAAAAUCUCAAUUCCAAUUGGUUUUUAAACAAUUUUUUUAACACACUUAACAGUUAAACAGCAAAACUGUUUAAACAACAACGUGUUUUUGGUGAUUAAAAAUCCUGUUACCAACAUACAACAGUAAUACUGCUGCAGGCACCUACAAAUCUAAGCGACUACUCCACCAACCUCCUCCUCGAACUGAAAUACUCCAUCCCCCCUUUAAUUUAAAAGUUUUUGCGCAGUAAUCGCAUAUUAAUGGCUGAUAUUUCAGCCCUUACAGCGGCAGCAGCAACAACUGUUUAUCCUUCUUUAACCACGUCAGCCAACGAUUAUUUGCAUCGUUCCACCAUUGAUCAAUUACGUUCGAUGAAUGAACGUGGCGUUCUCUCGUCGCUGAGUCAUUUGACCACAGCCGAUUUGCGGACGGCACAGCUGGUGCACGAGUACAAUAAACCGUUUAAUAUUAAUGAGUUUCGGCAAAAUGUGGAGCGUUUGGACUAUUCACUGAAGAACGGUUUGGUCGGUGUCAAUUUGCAGCAGCAACAACAGCAGCAGCAACAGCAGCAAUUGGUCGUCGAACAUCAACAGCAACAGCAGCAGCAACAACAACAGGCCCUCGAACAACAGCAGCAACAUCAUCAGCAACAGCAGCAACAACAACAGCAACUGAAACAAUCCUAUAGUCCACCAAAUUCCCCAGCAACACCGAAUAUGGCGGAGCAACCCGAACAAAAGUACGAUCCGAAUGCCAGUGUUGAACACCAUCAUCAGAAAUCGCAUCGUUCACAUCAUCAUACCUCGCCGGAUGGACGUGAAACCAAACCCUACAAAUGCACACAAUGCACAAAAUCGUUCGCCAAUUCAUCGUACCUCUCCCAGCACACACGCAUCCACUUGGGCAUUAAGCCGUACCGCUGCGAAAUAUGCCAACGCAAAUUCACCCAACUGUCACAUCUGCAACAGCACAUACGCACGCAUACGGGCGACAAGCCGUACAAGUGUCGUCAUGCCGGUUGUCCGAAGGCCUUCUCACAACUCUCCAAUCUACAGUCCCAUUCGCGGUGCCAUCAAACGGACAAACCGUUCAAAUGCAACUCUUGCUACAAAUGCUUUACCGACGAGAUGACUCUGCUCGAGCACAUACCAAAACACAAAGAUUCGAAACACUUGAAGACCCACAUCUGUAAUUUGUGUGGCAAAUCGUACACCCAAGAAACAUAUCUGGAGAAGCACUUGCAGAAGCAUGCCGAAAAGGCCGAAAAACAACAGCAAAGACACACCAAUCUGAAUGUGCAGCAUCACGUGCCGGCGGGCGGUAUAGGUUUGAGUUUGCAGCGCCAGGUGGUCAUGAAUGCGGCUGCUGUGGCCGGUGAUGCCAAUGCGGCCUAUUGGGCCAAGGUGGGUGCAGAUGGUGCCGUCAAUGCGGCCACCUUAGCGGAAGCUAUUCAGCAGCAACAGGCCCAAGCGCAGGCGCAACAACAGCAAGCCGCUCAGAAUGGCUACAACUUUACCACGCUGCAACAUCAGCAGCAGCAACAGGAACUGUUGCAGCAUCAUCAACGUCUCGUGAAUGGUACAGCCAACGGGGGUAAUGGCGGUGGCGAUAGUGCGGCCAGCGGCAAUACGCCCAAUCACUCACAGAGCCCCAAUGAACAGGGCGAAGAUCUGGUGAUACGCCAAACAUCACAGCAACAUCAUCAACAACAGCAGCAGCAACAACAGCAACAGCAGCAACAACAACAGCAGCAGCAAUCCCAUUCGCCCAACAAUAUGGUGGUUGUGAACUCAUCUGCCUACGAUGUGAAAACCACAUCAGCUUUCACGCCCAUUCCCACAGCACCAACCCAUUUGCAAGCGGCCGCCUUGGCCCAACAGAGAGCACCACCUGCUGCCGCCUACAUUUAUCAGCAGAAUGCAGCAGCAGCUGCCGGCUUCCCCACUCAACUAAUAUCGCUACAUCAAAUACGUAACUAUGCUCAUCAACCAGGAGCAGCUGCAGCAGCUGGUCUGCUGGCCGGUGAUCAUCUAUUGGGUCUAAGCGUGACUGCCGGUGGUGCGGGCAAGGACAAAACCCAAUAGUAUCAUGCGGAGAUGGAUACAACGGUCACUAAUGUGACCACCAAAUCAACAACAUCAUCAACAACAACUACUACUACUACCAAUAAAAAGCACAAAUCGUUUAAUAAACAACAACAACAAUCCCUACCACCAACAUUAACACUUCAACAACAGCUGCAGCAACAGCGCCAACAACAAGAAUCACUUAAAGCCUCCACUGUAGUAAGCUGAUUUUUUAAAAAUUUAAUUUGAGAAAAAAACAAAAUUUAAAAUUUUUAUUUUUUUUUUUAAUUUAAGAAAAGUUUUCUUUUUCUUUUUAGAAAACUAAAACAUGCAUAUAAAUAUAAAU